AUGAUGAAACAUAGUAAUCCAUUUCUGGCCCUGCUACACCACGGUCGUGCUGGACUAUUACCCUCUGUCUGUGCUCGAGGGUCAUCACCAAUCAAUCUAUACGGACGUCGUCAUCAGUCCACAGCCGAUCGCUCAGAUGGCCUCCCACUAUCUGGCCUUCGAGUUCUGGAUCUAUCUCGUGUGCUAGCAGGUCCCUUUUGUACUCAAAUCCUGGCCGAUUACGGCGCUUCGGUACUCAAGGUCGAACAGCCUGGCGUGGGCGACGAAACACGACAAUGGCGCACAAGUGGCGAGUCACAAAUGUGGAAGGACGAGUAUCCUUUGAUGAGUCUCUACUUUGCAGCCAUCAAUCGGAACAAGCGAUCCAUAACACUCAACUUAAAGUCCAAGCAGGGUGUGGAGAUUGUGAAACGACUGGCUCGGGACAGCGACGUAUUGGUGAACAAUUUUGUUCCAGGGAAAAUGGACGAAAUGGGCUUGGGAUAUGAUCAAAUGAAGCAGGAAAAUCCCAGACUGAUAUAUGCCAGUGUGAGCGGCUAUGGAGCUGAUGGCCCAAGUAAAGCCCGGGCUGGAUAUGAUGCAAUUGCCCUGGCAGAAGCUGGAUUGUUGCAUAUUACCGGCGAAAGUCAAGGUCCACCUUCGAAGCCAGGUGUCGCGAUUGCCGAUCUCUGCACCGGAUUGUACUCUCACGGAGCCAUUCUGGCGGCUCUCGCCCAGCGGGAACGAACGGGUUUGGGCACUAAGAUUGAAGGAAGCCUGUUCGAAAGCUCGCUGAGCCUGUUGAUCAACGUGGGGUUGGCCAGUUUGAAUCUCGACAGGCACAAGGGUGCACAAGGUCGGAGAAGAGGGAAGAGACUUGGACUUGGACAUCCAAAUCUUGUUCCUUACGGUGGAUUUGAAUCGAAAGACGGGAGAAUGGUAUACGUAGCUGCUAACAACAAUCGCCAGUGGCAGGGAUUUUGCAGAAUCUUGGGCGUCGAUGGCCUGGGUCAGGACCCGCGAUUCAAUACCAACGACGGAAGAGUGGAACACCGGGCAGAGAUUGAUUCCAUACUGCAGAAGCGAUUCCGUCAAAAGACAAAAGAUGAGUGGAUGCAGGCUUUUGAUGGAAGUGGAUUGCCAUAUGGGGCAAUAAACGACGUCGUCGAGGCAGUAGAACAUCCGCAGUCACAUGCGAGGAACAUGGUCGUCGAAAUCCAAGACUUUGAGGCUGCAAGGGACGGUGUGUUGAGGAUGCUUGGAUCAGCAAUCAAGUUUCAAGAUGCUAAAAUGGGAGUCCGGAUCAAUCCUCCCCUUCUCGGAGAACACACAAGCGAAGUUCUCGCAACUUUGGGCUAUAACGAAGACAAAAUUCUUGAGCUGAGGGAGUCGGGAGCCAUUUAG